AGCAAAAAAAAAAACAAUUUUUACUAUUUUUCUACGUUUUAUAAAUGAAUACAAAACCAUAAAUAAUGCUUUAAAGCAUAGUUUUAACUGAAUUAAUAACAAAGCGCGUGCUUGGUGCACACUUGCCUGGCCCGCGAAAAAUCCAAUCAGAAAACGAAAAGGCCAGCACCAGCACAAAAUGGAAAGGCAGUAACCAACACAACAACAAGAGCAGCAGCAACAACAGCAAAAACCACAACCAGGCCAGCCAGCAUGUCGUGGCAUUUGUGAGCAGCGCGCCAAAAACUUGUCACGAAGUUUCUUGUCAUAGACGUACGCGUCCGCGCUUAGAGCCACGCUCCCCCUCGCCCCCCACACUUACACCUACACACACAUACACACAUACAGUCAUUCUCCUAUACAUACACCCGCCCAGUGCUCACGUCCAGUCCUUAAGUGCUUAGGCAGCUUAUGAUGCAUAUCAAGAGCCUGCCGCACGCACAUCAGGCCGCCGCGGCAAUGAGCAAUUGCGACAUUGUCAUUGUUGCCGCGCAACCGCAGACCACCAGCGCCAACAACAACAACAAUGACACUGUUACACAGGCAAGCCAUGCCAGCCAUGCGGCAGCUGUGGCUCAUGCACAGCAUCAGCAACAGCAGCAGCAGCAACAACAACAGCAGCAACAACAACAGCAGCAGCAGCAGCAGCAACAACAACAACAACAACAGCAGCAACAACAACAGCAACACAAUCAACAGCAACAACAGCCGCCCGCGCCUACAGAAAUCGCCCUACCCUUUAACAUGCAUUUGAGCGGAAUUUCAGCGGAGGCGCACAGCGCUGCCCAGGCGGCCGCAAUGGCAGCUGCGCAGGCCGCGGCAGCGCAAGCCGCCGCCGCGGAUCAACAGCCAACAGCACCUCCCGCGCCGCCAUCGGCACACACGCUGGCUCACCUGGUGGCCAAUGCUACGCAUAGUCCGACGCUUGGCGAGUCGCACUAUGUCAGCAACGGGCACUCCAACAAUGAGCAUUCGGGCGAGGGUAAUGGCUCGAGCGGUAGCGGCGGCCGGGAGCCGGAGAAACCGUUCCAUUGCACAGUGUGCGAUCGACGAUUUCGUCAGUUGAGCACAUUGACCAACCAUGUGAAGAUCCAUACCGGCGAGAAGCCCUACAAGUGCAACGUUUGUGAUAAGACGUUCCGUCAAUCGUCAACACUGACGAAUCAUUUGAAAAUUCAUACCGGCGAAAAACCAUACAAUUGCAACUACUGUCCCAAGCAUUUCCGUCAGCUGAGCACUUUGGCCAAUCAUGUCAAGAUUCAUACGGCCGUUCGAGUGCGUCAUAUGCAAGAAACAGUUCCGCCAAUCCAGCACGCUCAACAAUCACAUAAAGAUCCAUGUUAUGGACAAGGUCUACGUUCCUGUCAAGAUCAAAACGGAGGAGGACGAGGGGUGACUAGGACGCAUGGCGUUGGCGCAACAUCAUCAUCUCAAUCACCAACAGCAGCAGCAACAACAUCAUCAACAGUCGUCAACGCCAACGCAGCACCAGCAACAACAGCAGCAACAACAACAACAACAACAACAGCAGCAACAGCAACAACACCACAUCGAACACCAACGUGGAGUUACCAUUACGACGCUGCCGUCCACAACGACAGUGGCACAGCAUCAACAGCAGCAGCAAUCGCAUCUACAGCCCUCGCAUGGCAAUGGCAGCUCGCCGCAUCCUCAUUUCAAUGUAGCCGCCUUGGGUGAUUUGUCCAGCGCCAUGCAACUGGGUGCCGUGACAGCCGAUGGCAAUUUUGUGACCAUGGGCGGCGUUGUGGUCGGUCG